UAAUCAUCAACCAGAAAAAUUAUGAUUAAUGGUCAAUGGAAUUUAAGUUGAGCCAAUCAUCUCUUCCAAGAACCUUAGUAGUAAUAAGAUCUUCUGUGUUAGUAAAAGUUAGCAGAAAAGUUUCUAAUCACAAGAACUUUCAUUUGCAUGCUCAGAGAUGGAGGUGUCAAAUACGGGGGAUGUCUUCAAAGGGUCGGCACUCAAUGCUUAAACAUGUGGUCAAAGAAGGUGAAACUUUGACUUCCAUUUCAAAGCUAUAUGGGGUAGCCAUUUAUGAAAUUGCUGCUGCUAAUAAGGACAUUGUUGAUGUUGACCUUGUUUUUGAGGGCCAACAUCUGAACAUUCCCUUAUCCACUGCAGUACCUUUGCAAAUGCAAAAGAGUGAGCGAGCCCUAUCAUCUGACUCUUCUCUUGAUGGAAGAGCUCCAAGACUGGAAUUGUAUCGUAGCUGCUUGAACCAGAAAAUGUUCAGUUUCUUGUCCGUUCAUAAUUUAUCCUAUGCUAAAACCACUGGUUAUUUUCUAGUUCUGGUUCCCCUGAUAGCCUUUUGCAUCAGAUGCAUAAUUGGUGCCUUAUGCAAUAGAGUUGCUGGAGAUAUGAAACAUAAUGUAAAUGAAUCAGAAGAGCAUCACCGUGGAUCUAAAAGGAUCAGGUGGAAAUUUGCUCUUCAGGAUUUGAAGGAUCCAGAUGCACUGGAUACUGGCACAAGACCCGACUAUGAUUACACAUCAGAGGAUGAAGAUCAGGUCAAUACCAAAGAUCUUAGUCAGGAUUACAGUGAGCUUGAGCGUGAUUAUGAGAGAUUCCUUUCAGAAUGUGGAAUUAGCAAGUGGGGCUACUGGCGUGGAGGUUCUCCCACAUAGGGCAUUGCAUUUCUCUUAGCACCGCUUUUCAGAGACUUCUCAACAUUAUUGUCUGCAAGAAUGGUAGAAGAACUCCCAAAACAGGUUCAAAUGUAUAUAUAUGGAUGUUUAUAUCGAAAUCCUUUAGAUUACUCGAGUACAGGAAACAGAUUGUAAAAGUUUGUGCAAUGAUUGUAAGACUUGAGACUAAAUUCUCGGUUGUUGACAGAAAGCACCCUAUCUUACUGGCGAGUAAAGAUGAAUAUUCUACCUUUACUUUGUUU